AUGGCUUCGACCGGAGUAGACGAACAUAAGCUAUUGGAAUUUGGCCCGUUGACGAUUUCCACCCAACGCCUUUCUCCCGCGCACGAGAGGAACCUGGAAACGAGCCGCCAUAAUUCUAGCACAUCGACACCGUGCUCAGUAUCAGCCCCCAAUGGAUUUGACACCGACGCCGAGGCCAUGAUGCCGAUUAGAUCCUCCGACCACCUGAACAAAACAACCACCGCAACCAUCCCCCAGCCGGAUUGCACUGUUUGGCCCGGACAAGAGCAUUGGCGACAGAAAGCACGAGCAGCCAAAAUCAACAACAGGUCCUGUCAGUGCAUGGCUCGCCUCAGCAACCGAAACAGAAUAAUUGUCAAGGUACUGAUCGUGGCUCUAAUCGUUGGGGCAGCGGUCGGCGUCGGCUUCGGCAUCAGUAAACCCCUCGGCGCGGGCAUAUGGCAACCUAACAACCAUUGA